AUGACGUAUUAUGUUGCCGAUCAGAAGCCAGCGCAGAUGGUGCUAUUUGAUUACUACAAUCCAGAAGAGCAGAUGAAAUCCUCGUACUCGGCGAAGCAGAUCCGGUCGCUACCUGAUUCAUGCCCUGACUGUUGGCCAACGGGUGAACAACAUAGUCCCGCUCCGACGAGAGGUCACUCAAGCAGCACUACACCUACGACUACCGGUAUGUUCAUUGCUGCCGUGUUCGCCUUAUGGCGACUUUUGCUCUAA